CUGACAGAAAGAGGGAGAGAAAGAAAAAAAGGUUGAUAGAGAAAGAAGUAGUAGAAUAAGUGGCUAAGAGGAAAAGUGAAGGAGAAGAAGGAGAGAUUAACAUAAUAUAAAAGAGAGAAAAGAGCCAUAAAAGACAGUGACUGGAAAAUCACUUUAACCCGGGACAGAAGAGACUGAAAGAGAGAGAGAGAGAGAAUAGCCUAGACACAUAAAUUAAAAUAACUCUUGGACUUAAAACACGUUCAUGCGUGGGCUGCUGCUACUGCUGCUGUUGGUGUGAUCUGUCAUUCCCCGGCCACAGAGAGUGUGUGUGUGUUCUUGAGAGGCUGAGGAGAGUGUGUGUUGGAGCCUGUUGUUCCUCUGGAGUCUACAGGACCAUGGCACCUGUCAGAAACGGAUAAACUUGAGGCUUAAAGUAAUCAGAAGAAAAGAAAGAAAAAAGACCUCCAGCAUAGAGAGGAAACUCCACAUCCACAGCAUCACUGUCACAACAACAGGACAACUAAGAGCUGUCACUGCAACAGCUGCCACGACAACCCGCAUCCCAGUCAACCAUCUGUGUGGCAGCUAUCUGUGGUUUACUCUUAAUUGCUGAGAAGUUUUGGUACUCUUCAGAAGAAGCCAGAAGAUGAUGACUAUUAUGAAGAUGUUGAUGAUGGGCAGCUCAAUGAUCCUGCUCGGGCUGGUCAGCUUCAGUGCUUCAUCCAGUGGAAGAUCUUCAAUAUUUACUUCCUCGCCACGCAUGAAGCUUUCUUAUAAAGAUCUUCAACAGUUCAAUGGAGUCAAGCGUUUCGAGUUGGAACGCUCGUGUUGUUUCGGAGCUCUGCUGUUGGACGAGGAGAGGGGGCGGCUUUUUGUCGGUGGACGUAACUUUCUGUUAUCUCUUAGUCUCGACAACAUCAGCAAACAUGAACAGAAGAUUUACUGGCCAGCCCCUGUGGAUUGGAGAGAAGAGUGCAAUUGGGCAGGGAAAGACAUCAAUACGGACUGCGUAAACUAUGUGAAAGUGCUCCACCACUAUAAUCGGACUCACCUGUAUACAUGUGGGACUGGGGCAUUCCACCCUACCUGUGCUUACGUUGAGGUGGGACAGAAGUUGGAGGAUCAUGUGUUUAGAAUCGAUCCCUCUGUGGUAGAAGAUGGAAAAGGAAAGAGUCCAUAUGACCCACGUCACACAUCAGCAUCUGUUCUGAUUGGUGAUGAGCUUUAUGCAGGUGCGGCCACUGAUCUGAUGGGGCGGGACUUUACAAUCUUCCGCAGCAUGGGACAAAGGCCCUCUAUACGAACAGAACAGCAUGAUUCUCGCUGGCUCAAUGAGCCAAAGUUCAUAGCCGCUUUUGGUGUUCCUGAGAGUGAGAAUCCUGACGAUGAUAAAGUCUUCUUCUUCUUCAGAGAAACUGCUGUGGAAGCUCAGGGAUUCGGAAAGGUUACCUAUGCGCGGAUUGGUCAGCUCUGCCGGAAUGAUAUGGGAGGACAGCGCAGUCUAGUAAAUAAGUGGACAACAUUUCUAAAGGCCCGUCUUGUGUGUUCUGUCCCAGGCCACGAUGGCACUGAAACACACUUUGAUGAACUUAGGGAUGUGUUUGUGCUGCAGACCCGUGACAGAAAAAACCCUCUAAUCUACACUGUCUUUACCACUUCCAGCAGUGUAUUUCAAGGUUCUGCAGUGUGUCUUUACACCAUGAAUGACAUUCGUCGGGCAUUUUUAGGGCCCUUUGCCCAUAAAGAGGGACCAAAUUACCAGUGGGUUCCAUUUCAGGGUAAAGUGCCAUAUCCACGGCCUGGCAUGUGCCCCAGUAAGACCUUUGGUAGUUUUGAGUCCACUAAAGGUUACCCUGAUAACGUGAUCCAGUUUGCUAGACAUCAUCCGUUAAUGUUCAAUCCAGUCACUCCACUGGGAGGGCGGCCGCUGUUCCUGCGUACCGGAAUACCGCACAGCUUCACUCAGAUUACCGUAGACCGUGUCAAUGCAGCUGAUGGACACUAUGAUGUCAUGUUCAUUGGUACAGAUGUUGGCUCUGUGCUGAAGGUGAUCUCUGUGCCCAAGGGAAGCUGGAGUAACACAGAGCUUCUGCUGGAAGAGCUGCAGGUCUUUAAGGAUUCCUCGUCUAUCAUUAGUAUGCAGAUUUCUUCUAAACGGCAACAGCUGUACGUUGGUUCAGAUACAGGUGUUGUCCAGGUGCCUCUGCACCGCUGCAGUAUGUACGGUAAAGCGUGUGCCGAGUGCUGCCUGGCUCGAGAUCCAUACUGCGCCUGGGAUGGACACACAUGCACACGCUACCUGCCAAACACAAAACGAAGGUUCCGGCGUCAGGAUGUGAGGAAUGGUGAUCCUAAUGCACUCUGCUCAGGAGACCAUCAGAAACAGCGUGUCCUAGAGAAGAAGUUAUACGCUGUGGAUGGAAGCAGCUCUUUCCUGGAAUGUGUCCCCAAAUCACUACUGGCCGAGAUUACAUGGACCUAUCAGAGGCAUUCUGAAAACCCUUGGGAGGAGGUUCGUCUGGACGACCGUGUUUUGCAUACAGAACGAGGCCUGUUGUUUAGACGUGUUGUGCGUAGAGACAGCGGUGUGUAUCAGUGUCACGCAAUGGAACAUGGAUUCACACAAACCCUCCUUGCAAUCACACUGGAGAUUUUGCCUUCAACUGGCCCUGCCCCUUCCGCUCCUAACCCUCGCAGCCCCGCCCACACCCACGGGCAAUCCACCAAUCAAAAGCUGUGGUACAGGGACUUCAUGCAGUUGGUGGAUCACCCAAACUUGAGCACGGUUGAUCAGAUUUGUGAACAAGUUUGGUCACGUAAGCAUAGCCUAUCUGGAAAGAGCGCUCCCGAUCCAGCCAACGAGGCCCCAGUUCAUGAUCCACUGCACUCGAAUCAUAAAAAGUGGAAGCACCUGAAGGAAGUGAGGAAAGGGCGAAAUCGCAGAACACAUGACGGAAGACCUGCCCCCAGAGCCCCUCGGAGUGCAGGAGAGUAGCAAGGGAUGAGAGGUUUCAUGAAAGAAAGACUGAGAGACAGAGAGAAAGAGCCAAAACAAGAGAUCACUGGAUGUGGACAGAUCCUCACACAGCAUCUCAUACCGUUCUGCUUUUUAUUACCCCUUCUGACAACAUCAUUCUGCUCACGAAGACACUGCUUGUUAUCAGCCUCUAUAAACUCUAUUACACUCAUCUCUAGUCUAAAGACCCUAUCUAGUGCCCCACGACCCCAAUCUCGCUCGUACCUCUGCCUAUAGCCCCCAUCUAUUACCUCAUCAGUUUACUACAGUCUACUCCUUAUGAUUCCACUCCAGUUCAUCUAAAUACUAACACAGACGCAAGAAGGCAGCGGCCCACACUCUUGAACUCUGAAAGCAAAAAACAUCCCUUUGAAUUAUAACUGGAAGACCUGUACCUGGAAAAUGAAGAUACAAACACAUGCAUGCGCUGCCUAAAUCGGUAAACACAAUCACACAUUCUGUAAAUUCAUGUAUACUUUGUUUUUAUCUGGCUGUUUGUGCAACGUGUGAUCUGUAGACUAGAUUCCUGUCUUACUUUGGCCCUAAAGCAGAGACCACACAGACCUCUGACUCACCAGCACUAAAUGAACUUUAUCAUGCUUCUUACACUGCAUGAAAACUUACAUCUUUAAAAAGCAACAAAAAAAAUAAAUAAAACAAAAAUAGAGAAAAACAGAGCAAAAAGAAUCAGCAAAACUGUGCAUUUGUGAUCUGGUAAGGUUGCAGCUAAGAGAGUUUCUUAGUGAAUGUUUUUCAUGCUACAGUAAUUAUAUACCUUGAAAAUAUAAAGAGGUCAGUGAGCUUUACAUUUCUGUCAUGGGGAGUCUACAGAGUAGCAAAGGUGAAAUUUUAUUUUGAAUUGUGUUUUAUUUUGAAGUUUUAUUUCAGGGUUCUUUUAUUUCUUAUGAUAUGUGUUGCAUGAGACUGAGAUAGACACAGAAUUAAUGUACAGGGGCAUUAUGGGUAAUAGGCCACGUACACACUACAAAGUUUCAGGAGUGACAAGAGCAUUUAAAUGAGUGAAUCCCCUCACUUUUUACGAGUUACUCCAGCAAUUGUGAUGACUGACAAGUGAUAACCAUAGCUACGCUGCAGUGUCUCGUGCCUGUGAACAAAAAAUAUGAAUGCCACCAAUUUAAUCAGUUUUGUGUUUGCUAUUUUUGAGCAAAGAGACUAUUCACCAGAUAUGUAUUUUCAUCCGGCAAUGUUUAGUUAGCUGCCAUCGACAGAAUCGACAGAAUGUUCAUGCAUUCCAUGUUCAGGCCUGUGUGCACAUCUAUGUGUCUAAAGAGGUGGGGCAUUUUCAGGAGUCGCUUUUAAAUAGUGUCAUGCGUGAAAAUGCUCACUCCACAUGAUUAUUAGAUGUGGGAAGAGUGAGCGAUAUAAUCACCAUGAGUGCGAAGUAUCCUGCAGUGGUCUCAUCCAGCAUCAUUGAACUUUUAGCAAAAGGCAUUAUUAGUCAUAGGGGAAAUUCUCAGGUGCAAUUUCUUCUUCGGAUUGCAAGAGCAUCAAAUGGGCUUGAACAAAAUGCCACAGAAAAGUCCUGGCAUAAUCAUGACUUGAGAUCAUGGUUUCACAUUAUAUUCACCUCUAUCUCGUUUAGACUUUGCCUAACAUCUAUCACUAAAAUCCAGAGGCGACACCUGUUCAUUCAGAACAAACUAGUGGGUGUGGCACCUCGUAGCUCCUCUGAACAGGACUGAACAAAUUUUCUGUCAAUCAGUGUUUUGGCAAUUUGAUUGGCUAUUUGAAGAAUUUUGUAUGGAGCCAUUUUAUAUAUUUUAGCUGCAUGAUCAAUUGAAUUAUAAUUUUAUAAUUUUUAAAACCUGCCCAAAUCAUUCCAAAAUAGUCAAAAUUUUGUCCACCCACCUAACCACAUUUUCCCCUCGCACAAUUUAUCGCCAAACACUGUGUGGAAAUACACACCCUCACUUUUUUGAAGACGCCUGACAGAUGUAAAAAAAACACAUGGAUUUCGGAACGGCUGCUGUUGUUGUUGAUGCUCCUCUGUGUUCCGUGGCGAAAGAAAUGGACCGAGCACAUUUGAGCGCAUUCUUGGGUGUGAAGACUUGGUCAAUAUGACAGAUUUCCUCUGUAGUCGAGGAAAGUUGGCUGAAAAAUAUCAAAAAUAUUUGAUAACCUCCGUCUAGAUGGAAUCAUAGUUGGAGGGAAAAAAAUCGGAGUUGGUACCCAAUGAUUUUCUGUGAAAUCUGUCAACUCUAACUGGAGCCGACUAGUACUGACUCGACCCGACUGAAAAUAGGGCCUAAAAUUGGUGUUGAAGUCAUGUAGUGUAAUGCAGCCUUAAGCAGCUUCUGUUUAACAGCGCUCGCACUCUCUCUGGACUGUAAUGUAUGGGUUACCCAGAGACCGCAGAGCUGAUGAGAGAAACAGUGGAGAGAGAAACUGGAAAUAUAUGAAUCAAUGAAGACACAUACUUCUGGUAGUGUGAUUUGCACCAGGAGAAGAUGGACACAUCUCACACGUGCUAUUGAUCACACCAUUAACAACUAGUUGUUCAGUUCGGUUCCAUACACACUACUGUGUGUGAACAGAACAGUCUAAGCACUAAAAGGUGUACCGACAACCAUACUUAGCUGCAGUGUGUACAUGGCACAUAUUGUCUGAUACUAAAGGAGGAAAUCUACUAAGAAACAUUUUUAAAAACUUUCAGUUAACCCUGAAUCUAAAGUGCUGUUCAUAAAAAUGGCAGAAUAGUCAUGUAUUUGUACAUGUCCCUGUUUUUUAUACAGCUCUACCAUGUUCAAAUAAGUUAACUUAGUAUCAUUCUAUAAAUAUAUUCUCUGUUUUAAAAAAAAUAUAUUGUUCUAUGUACAUCAUAACAUCCCAGCUUAUGUAUUGGCCGAUAUACAGUAUGUUAGUAGGCCUACGUAAUGAGUUAAAUCAGAAAACCCAAAUAAUCGCUGAAGAUAAGAAACAUGUCCUUUGUUUCCACAUUGAGUCUAGGCUAACCAAUGGUCCAUUCAAUUUUCAUUCAGUUUUUCUCCAUGUGGAAAAAAACAGGGUUGAAUUGCAUGUUUUCAAACAUGUCUUGAUGGGAUUGUUUUUUUUUUUUUUUCAAUUGCAGUGGGAAUGAUUCAGUAUGGGAGUGAAUCUCAAAAGUCCAAAAGUGACAUUCUAGAAAUGUACUAUGGUAACUACGUUCUUACAGUAAAUUCCAUAUUUACUACAGUCAUUUCUAAUCCAAUGAAACUUGUCAUCAAAAAAAUUAAUUAAAAUGACAGAAAUAAAUCAUAAAGGUCUUAAACUGUUUGAAGUGAUCCUAUAUUAAUUCAUUAUGAUUUAACAGUAGUAGCUAUAACUGCAGUAACUAUGGCAUUUGGUUGACACUUUGAUUACUAUGGUAAUUUGUGGGGAUGUUUUUGUUUUGGGAUCGACCAAAGGCGCAUGGCACUGGGAGAGGUGUCAUGUGUGUAAGAUGGUGUGGUGGUGCUGUUGAGCUUUGUGUAGGGCGCCCUCUUCUGGUCAUGGUGGUUACUUGUUGUUUCUACUGUGUCGGAAAGUGAAAAAUUUGGAACUGUAAAAUAAUACAUUAUGAUUCAUUUUUUAAACAGAUGUAAGAAUGUUUUGAGUGGAACUGGUCGAUUCUCAUGUGGAAGUAUUUAUAUCUUCUUUUUUUUUUUUGUACAUGACAUCUUGAUGAGCGUUUUUAAUUCAAUUUUAUUAUUAUUUUCUUUUUUUAUGUAAAGACCAUGUUUUUAAAACUGUCCUACAAGGUUAUGUGGUGUUUCCAUGGUAUAUUUAUGACUCGAUAAGCUAAAGUGUUGUGGUGGUUUGUGCUCAAUUGACCUACAUGUGUAAUGUCCAUUUUGAUCGAGGAGAAUAUGAACAUACUUGUGUGUAUAUUUUGAAAUUCUUUCCCUUCUUUUUAAUUCAUAUUUAAUACAAGACCUAACUUGGCACUCCAUUUGAAAGUCGCUAUUUGCCAAAUUGGUUUUACUCUUACAAAAAGACCUUCCAAAUAGCAUUUCCAUCUCUUUUUACCUUGUGACGCUUCUCAGCUUUUGAGAGAGAGUGUAAGAAAAGAGCAAGUGUAAGUGUCUCAUUGUGAGAGAUUGUGUGUGUUUGUGAAAGACUCUGUUUGUGUCAUUAAGUAUUACGACUUCUGUGUGAGUUUCAUUUUGUGGACUGGUCAAAGGUCGAAGGCCAAAGUUGACGUGAACACUGUAUUACUCCCUGAGUUUUUCUCUGUGGAUUGUUGCAUCAGACUGUAAUUGAUUAAAACAAUUAAACAUACAGUUACUUUAAAAUAACUCCACAGCAAUGACUCUUCACUCAGUUUUAUUUGUGAUUAAUAGGCCGAGUGAGGUAUUCUAAGAGUAAGGCAGCGAAGAGAGAGAGAGAGAGUAGUGACUCACUUAUCAACACUUUUAACACUUAUUAAACUAGUUCAUUGCUAUGUAUGCAGUAGUGCAAGCUCACCACUCGAGGACGCUGUUGUGCAGGUUUUCAAUUGAAUCAGACUUGGGGUAUGUUUAUUUAUGAACAGUUUGGUCAAUUUAGUCAGUUUAUCUAUCUAUUGAAUAUCCACCGUUAUUGCCCAAGAAAGUGAUUUUA